CAAGCAAUAAGCUAGCAGCUACACUCACCCAACUGCUAGUCUCCUUAGCUAAGCUAUAUCUCCUACUGCUAGCUGCGUGUGGGUGUGGGCACUCUCCGCUACAGCUCGAUAGGUACGUACAUAAGCUAUCUAGCACGAGCUGUGAGCGAGCGAGCCAGCAAGCAUGUCGUCGAGCAGCCGGAGGUCACGCACGCGGCGUGGCGGGAGCUCGUCGUCGAUCUCGGAGGAGCAGAUCUCCGAGCUGCUGUCCAAGCUGCAGGCGGUGCUCCCGGAGUCCCAAGCUCGCAAUGGUGCUCACAGAGGGUCGGCGGCGAGGGUGCUUGAGGAGACGUGCAGCUACAUCCGGAGCCUGCACCGGGAGUUGGACGACCUGAGCGAGACGCUCGCCGCGCUGCUCGCCUCCGACGCCGUUACCGCCGAGCAGGCCGUCGUCAUCAGGAGCCUCCUCAUGUGACCCUCCCACCGCCCUCCCAUGGGCGGCGCACACGUAUGUCUACCAAGCUCUCCGGCGGCCCAUGUGAGCAUGCGCGUGAGGCGUGAGCGUUACGACGAGUACCUGCGUCGUGAGCCGAAUUCGUAAGGACGUUUGAUAAGGAUGAUAUUGUUGUGGCUCUUCUGGGUGCUUGCACUUUAUGAAGCAAAACAGAGCUGUUAAGCGUUGUCAUUGUGCCCAUAAGCUCCACAUGAUGAAGGCUUAUGGCACGGUUGAAUGGGACUACUUUGCAGGCAAUUAUGCUCAAAUUGGGAUUUUCUGAGCGUUGGGCGAACAUUGUAAUGAGUCUUGUCAACUCGGUCUCGUACUCAAUUUUGUUCAAUGGUAAGAAACUUGAAGAAUACAAACAAUCCAGAGGAUUCGACAGGGAGAUCCAAUUUCCCUUUUCCUAUUCUUUUUGGCAACAGAGGGCCUUUUGUGCGUCCUUAAAUCCAGAGUUCAGUCAUCUUAGAUUGGUAUGAUGCAAGUAGGCUCAUCGGCACCACCUGUUAACCAUCUUUUAUUUGCAUAUGACAGUUUAUUGUUCUUAAA